CUUGUCUACAUCAUGACCAGCGGAAUGAAUUUUGAGCCUCUUUGGACAGAAGGCCCUUUGAUUGCGACCAGCCAAGAUGCUGUCUGCGAGUUGUAUCGCAGCGCCACUGAAAUGUUGCGGGCAUGCCAGCAUAUUUCAACUACGUCUUGCACAGCUUCAGCCACUGGCAGUGACUCAUUUUACCUAGCGAAAGCCCUUUUGGAACACGGAGACCGAUCGAAUAUGAUUCUCGACAAGAUUCUCGACACAUCCGACCGACAAAACAUGCCAGUGUUAGAUUUGAUGAAGAACUUGAUAAUACGAUGGUAUUUGUGCACUCUACCUGCACUUGCCCGAGCAAAGCGUGCCAGAGUCACUGACGUACUCGGUGUGGUUGAGGGACAAUCGGAAGAUGAGUCGGCCAAUUCCCGCCUUAAGACUCUGGGUAUCUGGUCUCUCCUGUUUUGCUCAAAGGCUAGAACUGAGAAACAAGGAAUUUGUGACGGACAAGCCUCCGCUGCUGAAGGGGCAGUUGCUCUUAUUCAUUUGGUCUACGCUAUGCAGUAUGAGUUGAUUGCAGACGAACCGAUGAUAUCAAAUGCAAUAUUAUGCAUCGGUGAAGACGCUGUGUCUCUUUAUUUGAAGCUUAUGAGACGUAUACACUCCAAAGCACGGAAGCCUAGACAAGAGAGGCCAGGUUCAGUCUUUGGCGCUUCCAACAAAUACGUCAGAAUGUCUCGUGAUGGACGGUCUCUAAAAGUCCAAGACGGCCAAGGGCAUUGGACAGUUGCUCCUUCAUGGCACCCGUGCCGGACAAUACCAGGCUCCUCAUGGAAUAAAUUUUUACGCAAUGCUUGGGCCCCAAGGUUUGGCAGCAAUGCUCAGCAGCACCGGUUGUGCUACAAUGUUCCCGAUUCGGCAUUGACCUUGUCUGACACCUUUGUGAACUACUAUCAUGAUCUUCAAAGUAGAUUUGACCAAGCUGGCCGCUCUAGAGUGCUCCUCUCGUCAAAUGCCAGUGCACGACAGUUUACAGUCCUGUCAGAGUCUACUGGCUGUCGAUACCAACCAUUAGAAUAUACAGAAGAGGUACCACACCCUCUUCCUUCCAAAACAUACCAAAGCUGAUAUUAUAGGCCGCUACAGGUUUGCUGGGACUUGUGCCCGAGUACAUUUUACUAGAACCAUUUCUGACCUAUCCUGAAGUUGACUCCGCCGGCCACGCAACGCUUCCUUUUCUCUCUGCAUGCAUCAGAGCUAUUCGAUUUGAAGAUGAACCUGAAGGGAGGGACGACGACUUUUUUGUUCUGUCUUUCACAAAAUGAGAGCUAUUGAAAUAGGCAGGAACUGAGCGCGGCGAGGCAAAAAAGCAUGAUCAUAGUACCCAGUAGCAGCGUUAGCCUGUAAUUUGAACUUUCACUUUAGAGCCAGUGUGCUGAGCUGCUGCUCACUUUUUUUUCGGUUUGGCAUGGGGUGAACAGGAAGUGAG